UUGCGAUUCGCGAUUCGGCCCUCGAAUUUUUUUUCUGUUUUUAUGUUUGUUUGGGGCAAGCUUCGGCCCAGGGCGGGAAUGAGCGCCGCAACCGAAGCCCACACUCGUUUUCUUCCCCACCUCAAACCAAGCACGCGCGGCCGCGACGAACGCCAACAAGCGACGAGACCCCGCCCGCGACUGACGGUGUCAGCAUCAGCAGACUAGCGCCUCCCGGGGCGGCGCGCCCAGAGAAGGACGGACCGGAAGGACGUUGGCGGUUUGAGCAGCCUGGGGGACCGACGCCCAGGCAGACCGAGACGGUGAUUUGAGGCUGGCUGAUCCGGAAAGGUGGAAAUAGGCAGCUCGAGGGGGAAAGAAAGGAAGGGCCCGCCAUGGCGCCGCCGCCGACGCCGCGCCCUGCAAGCUCGGGCGUGGCCGAGCGGCCGUACCACGGCGGCGCAAACGGCCGGGCGGUCGUGGCCGCCAAGGUGACGCCGGGCACGCCGCGCCGGGAACAGCAGGCCCUGAGGCAGGAGAAGGCCGUGCAGGAUCCGGGACUGAGGGACUACCGACUAGGAGACUGCAUCGGAAAGGGCGCCUUCGGGUCCGUCUACAAGGCCUUCAACUGGGGGACUGGGGAGGCCGUGGCCAUCAAGCAAAUCAAAUUGGCCGACUUGCCCAGGAGUGAACUGCGUAUGAUCGAAGCAGAGAUCGACCUCCUGAAAAACCUCCAUCACGACAAUAUCGUAAAAUAUAUUGGCUUCGUCAAGACUGCAGACUGUCUCAACAUUAUCCUGGAGUACUGCGAAAACGGCUCGUUGCAUUCCAUUUGCAAGGCCUACGGCAAGUUCCCCGAGAACCUGGUCGGCGUGUACAUGACCCAGGUCCUGCAGGGCCUGCAGUAUCUGCACGACCAGGGUGUCAUCCAUCGAGACAUCAAAGGCGCCAACAUCCUGACGACCAAGGAUGGCACCGUCAAACUGGCCGACUUCGGUGUCUCGACAAGCACACUCGCCGGCCCGGACAAGGAGGCCCAGGUCGUUGGGACGCCCUACUGGAUGGCUCCGGAGAUCAUCCAGCUCUCGGGCGCCACCUCGGCCUCGGAUAUCUGGAGCGUUGGGUGCACCGUGAUUGAACUGUUGCAGGGGAAGCCGCCAUAUCAUAACCUCGCUGCGAUGCCAGCGCUGUUUGCCAUCGUCAACGACGACCACCCCCCACUCCCCGAGGGAGUUUCGCCAGCUGCUCGCGAUUUCCUCAUGCAGUGCUUCCAGAAGGAUCCGAACCUGCGCGUAUCGGCGAGGAAGCUGCUGCGGCACGCCUGGAUUACCGGCUGUCGGAGAAGCGACGCUCCCGUGUCAAAAGCACCGGCCAACUUCAGCCAGGCCGUCGAGGAGGUGAAGCAGUGGAACAAGGCCCUCAAGUCAUCCGAGAAUAACCUGCGGGUCUCGACUGGCUCAGAAAACGGCGGUCCGCCAGGCCAAGCGCACCGCGCGAAUCUGGCUACUUCUGCCAAAGUGCCGCUGGCUCCGGCGACGAAGCAAAGGUCGACGGCAGAUGCCUUUCGGUCUCCUGAGCCUGCCGACGAUGAUAAUUGGGACAACGACUUCGCGACGACAAUAUCGCCGAGUGCUCUCCAUCUUCCCCAUAUCAAAGGCCAGGACAACUUUGGCGGCCUGCUCUCGGGUGAUCGGUUGAAAGCGUUUGCGUCCGUCGACGGCCAGAGAGAGGAUUCCGAGAACUGGGACUCGAGCUUUGGGGGCGAGCUGGGAACAAUCAAGGGCCUUGGGCACUGGUCAGAAAUGGAUCUUCAGGAGGAGACUAUCCGGCCGCUGCCCAAGAAGACGGAGAAGACUAGAGAGUCCAGGCUGAGAGGGCAGGAACACCACGGACAUAGGCGUCAGAGAAGUGGGAAGGGUGGAUCGAAUUCGUCCCAACCCAAGUCUCCCGUCAAGCCCCUGGGGACAAAAUUCGAACUGCCUCCACGACCAGACAUUAUCUACCGCGAGCAAUCCACGGAAGACUACUCUGACCUGUUCGCGGACAACGACCAUGUCUUUGACAGGAGGCUCAGUCUUGCCAACAAAGACACGCCACAGCUCUUCCACCCCUCAGACCUCACCAGCAGCGCCCCCAAAUCAACGCAGCGCCCCACCGGCGGCAGCAGCACGCGGCGAUCAAAAACGACCUCCCCCGCGUCCGCCUCCUCAUCGUCGAGACCCGCGCUUCUCCCCCCCGCAGAGCCAGACCCGCCGGUCCGCCGGGCCCGCUCGACCGUCGAGAUCACCAAGUUCGCCGAGGACGAGGGCGACGAGGACUUCUCGGACAUCUUCGGCGCCGACGGCGACCCGCUGGUCGAGUCCGAGGAGAGCGACCGCGGCUCCGAGACUGACGGUCAGGUUGGCGGUGGCGGUGGUGGCGGCGGGCAGCUGAUCCUCUCGCGCCUGUCCAACAACUCGUGGUUGGGCGACGACGAGGACGAGGACGACCCGUUCGCCAUGAUGGAUCCCGGCUGGGACGAGAUGGAUCUCGAAGCGAAUAUCGCGCGCGACCGGCAUGCCCGGCUGGCGGAGCGGGUUGAGGAGUUGGUGAGGAGUAUGAAGAUCACCAAGGGGGAGGAGGUGGUGGGGAAGUUGGCGGAGGAUUUGCUGGCCUUGCUCUGGGAGAACGACGAGGUCAAGGCGCUCAUCAUCGGCGCCCACGGCUUGUUGCCGAUCUUGGAGAUCCUUGAGACUUGCACGCUGAAAAGCCGGCAGCAUAUGAUUUUGCAGCUGCUCAAGAUCGUCAACGCGAUCAUCCUGGACGAUGUCGAGCUGCAAGAAAACCUCUGCUUCGUCGGCGGUAUCCCGAUCGUCACCAAGUUCGCUGCUCGGCAGUAUUCCAACGAGAUCCGGCUCGAGGCUGCUGCGUUUGUGCGGCAGAUGUACCAGACGUCUACCUUGACGCUGCAGAUGUUUGUCAGCGCCGGCGGUCUCAAUGUCUUGGUCGAGUUCCUGGACGAGGACUACGAGACAUCACAGGACCUGGUCCUGAUCGGAGUCAACGGCAUCUGGAAUGUCUUUGAGCUCCAGGGGCCGACGCCUAAGAACGACUUUUGCAGGAUAUUCUCGCGGAGCAAGAUCCUGGACCCCUUGGCUGCUAUUCUGCACAAGGUCUUGGAUGAGGAUCGGGAUGAGUUGUCGGAACUGGUCGAGGGUCGUAUUGUCAACAUCUUCUACCUCUUUUCGCAGGCGGAGCCUUAUGUCAAAGAGGCGGUUGCUGAGCGCCAGGUUUUGAAGACGGUCCUCAAGGACCUCCGGCGGAUGACCCCCUCGCACCAGAUCACGAUGCUCAAGUUCAUCAAGAACAUGUCCAUGUGCUCAACGGUGCUCGACGCGCUGCACUCUGCCGACGCGAUCGACUUCCUCAUCGAUGUCCUCAGCCAUUCGAUGAAGAAGGGGCAGAAGAACUUCCGCGAGAUCUCGAAUCAGGUGUUGAAUACCAUGUUCAACCUGUGCCGGCUCAGCAAGGAGCGUCAGGAGUACGCUGCGAGCAACGGCAUCAUACCGCUUCUGCUCAAGAUAAUGAGGACGGACCGGCCCCCGAAGGAGUUCGUGCUGCCCAUCCUCUGCGACAUGGCUCACUCGGGCAGCAAGGGGAGGAGAUACCUGUGGCAGAACAACGGUCUGGACUUUUACGUGUCCCUUCUGGCGGACCAGUACUGGCAGGUGACAGCGCUCGAUGCCAUCUUCGUGUGGCUGCAGGAGGAGACCGCCAAGGUGGAGAGUCACCUCCUCGACGGGAACUUCACCGCGGCCAUCAUAUCCUGCUUCAACCCCACCAAGGCCAACGCCUUCGACCCGAACCUCCUCGAGCCGCUGCUAAAGCUCCUACGGUUGAGCCCGGCGACGGCGGCGUCGCUGGCCAAGGCGGAGAUGUACGCCGGGAUCGCGCAGAAGCUGAGCCACAAGAAGGCCGUCGUCCGGCUCAACCUGCUGCGUCUAGUGCGCAACAUCAUGGAUGGAUGCGAGGCGAACGGGUUGUCCAUGUCGGCGCUUAGCGCUUCCAGCACCGGCCGACAGCUGCGCAUGCUCUUCGACGACAUCCAGACACUGGCGGAUAAGGACCCGGCAGUUCUGGUGCGGAACCUGGCCUCGGAGCUGAUUAGAAGCCACAUCGACGUCGAACUGCAGCACGACGCCAUGUCGCUCAGUGGACUCGGCCUCGGGGCCUCCGCCGGUCCCGGCUCCAGCGCCGGCUCCGGUCCGCGUUCCCGUUCCGGCCCGCGGCGCAACACCAGCUACACGCCGCCGGGGCUGCACCUCAGCAUGUCCAUGCCGCCCACCCCGACGCAGGGCCACCGCCUGACGCAGUCCUCCUCGGCGUACAUCGAGAUCGCCGCGACCCCGAAGCGCUCGGCCGUCGGCCUCACCCAGGAACGCGACCCGGCCUUCUACCGACCGCGCAGCCGCGACGGCCUGCCCGUGACCAACAUCCCCCGCCGUAUCAGCGACACGCCGCCCGCUGGCCCCGCAAGCAUCACCACCAACAGCACCACCGCCGCCAACACCAGCUCCUCCUCCUCCUCCUCUACCACAGCAACUACCCCGACCACCACCCCCGCCCCACCCUCCAAAAGCCGCCUGCCCCGCACAUCAACGCAGUACGCCGCAUCCCGCCCCAGCCUGAUCAGCGCCGUCUCCGCGCCGCCGCCCCUCUCAUCUGGCGGCGGCACGCCGUCGGCAGGCAGGCGCGAGUCGCUCAGCGCGAGCAGCGUGCACGGCGGCGGCAGCGGCGGCAGCAACUACAAGGAGAAUGUCCUCUACCAUAACCACCACCACAACAACUUCAACCACGUCCAGGGUCAGAGUCAGAGCCGGGCGGGUAGGAUCCGCUCCGGCUCGUCGGUCACGGUGGCGAGCAACGCCUCCAGCGCGGCGGCUGGUGCGUCCGGCGGCGGCGGGGCCUCGCAGUACUCGGCUUCGCCGACGGGGGGCGUGUUCGCGGCGGGCGCGGGCGGGGCUGGGAGCGGCGGCUUGAUGCCCCCUGCUGUCGUCGGCCCUUCCGCUUCUGCUGCUGGUGGUGGUGGUGGUAAUGGGAAGGGGGGUUAUGGAUCCGCGGCCGGGAGUAGUAGUAGGGAGGUUAGCGACGGCAGUGGAGGCGGGAGCGGUGGGAAGCGGAGGAGCAGGGCGCCCAGCUCGAAUUCCGGGUCGGAGGGGAGGUGGUCUUAGGAGGACCGCGGUCCGGCUUUGGGCAGUCGGGGCGGAGCCG